AUGCGCGCGAUACCGCACCGCGCCUCGACGGUCGCGUCGCGCGAUCGAAGCGCUUCACGACGACGCGCGGAGCGCGUUUCGACGACGCGACGUCAUCGGGGCGUCGCCAUCGCGCGCGCGGUGGCGCCUACGUACGAAAAGGUGUUCGACGAGCGCACGGGACAGGACGUGGAUGUGCUUUCGCAAAGCGUCGAACGCGUCGAGUUGGGACAAGGCGUGACGUGGGCGUAUCGUCGAGGCGUCGCGGCGCCGAAGGAGGGGGCGACGGCGCGCGAGACGCCGGUGGUGUUCGCGCACGGACUGGGCUCGCGUGCGUAUGGAUUUCGAGCGAUGUCUCGCGAGUUGCAAGAGAAUGGAUUUGAGACGUACGCGGUAGACGUCACGGGACACGGAGAUUCGAGUAAGCCAGCGGUGGGGAAAGGGUUGGCGGCGUACGACGCCGCGGCGACGGGGGCGGCGAUGGAGGCGUUUUUGGAAAAAAUUGGGUUGGCGAAUGAUCGCGUGGACUUGAUCUUGCACGGAUUCGUGAUACCGCAACACUUGUUACUGCUCGUCGCGCGCCGACCUGAAUUGUUUCGUCGGGUGGUGAUCUUAAACUCGCCGUUGGCGCCGUCGCACGCGUACCCGCCGCAGAUGGCGACGUAUACGAGACCGUUCGGCAUGGGCAAGGGCGCACCGUUCGACGCGGCCGGAUAUUUGUAUAACGGAAACGAGUUUGCGUUACCGGGCGAUGUUUUGGCCGAGUACGAAAAGCCGUACGUUGGCGCAGAGGCUGAAGCGGCUCGCGCGGCGGCGGAGGCGUACGUCACCAAGUCGAGCGACUUGAAAAAGCUCAACGCCGAAGUGAAGAACGCCUUGAGCGCGCGCGGGUUGCCUAAGAUUCGCGUCGUCUGGGGGACCGCAGAUCGCUACCUCGACGACGCACCGAUUUACGAUUGGUGCGCGGACAUUCGCGCGUCCUUUUCCGCCAUGCGUAAAGUCGGGCACUGCCCGCACGAAGACUUCGCCGCCGAAGCCGCCGCGCGCUGCCAAGAGUUCUUCCUCGCGGAUUUGCGCGCGAGCGCCAAGGCGGCACUCAACUCUGUGCGCGUCGGCAAAAUUACCACUGACGAUGGUCAAGGGUAA